GGCAGGCAGCGGGGCGGGCGCAGGAUGAGGGCGGCCAUUGCUGGGGCUCCGCCGCGGGGAGGAGGACGCUGAGGAGGCGCCGAGCAGCGCAACGCUGCGGGGGAGGCGCCCGCGCCGACGCGGGGCUCAUGGCCAGGACCACCAGCCAGCUGUAUGAUGCUGUUCCCAUUCAGUCCAGUGUGGUGCUAUGUUCCUGCCCGUCCCCAUCAAUGGUGAGGACCCAGACUGAGUCCAGCUCGUCCCCUGGCAUUCCUAGUGGGGUUAGCAGGCAGGGACCCACCAUGGAUGGCACCACAGCAGAAGCCCGACCAAGUACCAACCCCUUGCAGCAGCACCCUGCCCAGCUGCCGCCACAGCCUCGCAAGAAACGGCCAGAAGACUUCAAGUUUGGGAAAAUUCUUGGCGAGGGCUCUUUUUCAACAGUUGUUCUGGCCCGAGAACUAGCCACUUCCAGAGAAUAUGCUAUUAAAAUUCUGGAGAAACGUCAUAUUAUAAAAGAGAACAAAGUUCCGUACGUAACUAGAGAGAGAGAUGUGAUGUCACGCCUGGAUCACCCAUUCUUUGUGAAACUUUACUUUACAUUUCAGGACGACGAAAAGUUGUAUUUUGGCCUUAGUUAUGCCAAAAAUGGAGAGCUACUUAAGUACAUCCGCAAAAUUGGUUCAUUUGAUGAGACCUGUACCCGGUUUUACACGGCUGAGAUUGUGUCUGCUUUAGAGUACUUGCAUGGCAAGGGCAUCAUUCACAGAGACCUUAAACCAGAAAACAUUUUGUUAAAUGAAGACAUGCACAUCCAGAUCACAGAUUUUGGAACAGCAAAAGUGUUAUCCCCAGAGAGUAAACAAGCCAGGGCCAACUCAUUUGUAGGAACAGCACAGUAUGUUUCUCCAGAGCUGCUCACAGAGAAGUCGGCGUGUAAGAGUUCAGACCUUUGGGCUCUUGGAUGUAUAAUCUAUCAGCUUGUGGCAGGACUCCCACCAUUCAGAGCCGGAAAUGAAUAUCUUAUAUUUCAAAAGAUUAUUAAGUUGGAAUAUGAUUUCCCAGAGAAAUUCUUUCCUAAGGCAAGAGAUCUUGUGGAAAAACUCUUGGUUUUAGAUGCCACAAAGCGUUUAGGCUGUGAAGAGAUGGAAGGGUACGAGCCUCUCAAAGCGCAUCCAUUCUUUGAGUCCAUCACAUGGGAGAACCUGCACCAGCAGACACCUCCGAAGCUUACAGCUUACUUGCCAGCCAUGUCAGAGGAUGAUGAAGACUGCUAUGGCAACUAUGACAAUCUCCUGAGUCAGUUUGGCUGCAUGCAGGUGUCCUCCUCCUCCUCUUCCCACUCCCUGUCUGCGGUGGAUACCAGCCUGCCCCAGAGGUCGGGCAGCAACAUAGAGCAGUACAUCCAUGACUUGGACACUAACUCUUUUGAACUAGACUUACAGUUUUCAGAAGAUGAAAAAAGGUUGUUAUUGGAGAAGCAAGCCAGUGGAAACCCUUGGCACCAGUUUGUAGAAAAUAAUCUAAUAUUAAAAAUGGGCCCAGUGGAUAAGCGAAAGGGUUUGUUUGCAAGACGACGGCAGUUGCUGCUCACGGAAGGGCCACAUUUAUAUUACGUUGAUCCUGUCAACAAAGUCUUGAAAGGUGAAAUUCCAUGGUCACAAGAACUCCGACCAGAGGCCAAGAAUUUUAAAACUUUCUUUGUCCACACGCCUAACAGGACGUAUUACCUGAUGGAUCCAAGCGGGAAUGCUCACAAGUGGUGCAGAAAGAUCCAGGAAGUUUGGCGGCAGCGGUACCAGAGCCAUCCAGAUGCUGCUGUGCAGUGACGUGGCCUGCGGCCGGGCUGCCUAUCGCUGCCAGGACACCUGCCCCAGCGCGGCUCGGCCGCCACCCAGGACGCUUCCAGACCACCUGCCAGCCAUCUCAAGGAGAACAUGGAUGGCGGAAACCUUGCAGCUUUUUUAUUUAAAAGAAAAGAAAAAAAAGAACCCAGCCACACAAAGAACAAAACAAAUAACCAACAAACAGGAAUCCAGGGUCGCUUUGCUUGCUCUCUGUGCUUUGUGGUGGCUUCCAUGUGCUGCUGUGGCCAUGGAGACCCAGUUCCUUGCACGGUAGCCCAGCUUCUGCCCAGACAAGUGGCCAGAUUUGGCAUCACCAGCCCCUCCUAGCAUCCACAGGAACUGCAUGCCUACUUCUACUCUUCCCCUCCUGAUAAACACAGCUCCUGCUGUGACUGAGGGACUGGGUGUGUCUGGCUCUUCUUCACCAGGGAGCCCAUUCACUCCUCCACUGGGGUGGUCACCAGUUUACUGUAGGUACAGGGCUCUUAGCUUGUGUGUGUACUCCCUUCCUUGAGUCCCUUCUAUGGCCCUAGAGAUGUGGUCAGGUGUGUUUCUGGUGGCAGGAUUUCUGUGGUUCCUGCCUUAACAGCAGGCAGGUUGUAUGAUGAGAAGUGUGCAGGCUGCUGUAGUCACAGGCUGCCCUCAUUGGGCUCUGCUCCAGCAUUCCACUUGUAGCAGUUCAUGCAGGGAACUAGACACCCAGCCAAGCAUGUGUCCAGGAGGGGGCUGUCAUGGCAGCACCUAGGUAACCCCAACUAGACCACUACCGAUACAGAACCUGUCCUGAGCCUAGGCAAGGCUGGAAGUACCAUGAAGAGUCCAGCCUGGGCCACAGCUCCCAUGUGGAGGACUGGGAUAGCAGGCCUUCCUGGGAAGUUUCUGCUGCGUAGGUUUAAAUGUGUAGGCCACAUGUUCUAUGAGGCAGGGACUGAGGAAAAUCCCAGAGUGUGUGCCAGUCUCCUGCCCAGCCUCACACGCACCUGUUGGUGCUGUGGGUAAACACUUCUCAGCUCACUCAGUUUUUACAUCCUUUAAAAAUCUGAAAGCCUUCUCAUGUUGCCUGGUCACCUGAUACCAUAGUGCAUGGACCUUGCCUGGAAAGAAUGUUACCAAUGCUCACAGGAACAGCCAGCCCACUUAAACCUGAGCCUGCCUGUUCUGGCAUUCUUUGCCAGUAUUGGGACACUUCUCUGAUGCUAAGGUGACAAUGCUUUGUUCUGUAAUACAGAUGGUCUGGGAUAUUUCAGUGCUCUUGCUGAAUGCUUCUGAGGGACUUGGUUGUACCUCUCUCUAACUAGGAUGUCCCUGAAGGGUGGCACUUGGUCCUAGUGGGGAAAAGUAGGCUCCUGCCUUCAUAGACUUCUCACAGCAACACCUCUGACUCCCAUGUCCUGAAGGCAGCAACAGUUUUGCCAUUUCUUUUGACUUUCAUAAAUGUGCUCUAAAAAUGCCCACACAGAAAUUACCCCAGUUCUGUCCACAGUGACCACCUGUGGGCCAGGCCACCCAAACUAAGAGAAGAAAGAUUCUGUUCUCAAACUUUUAACAAUAAGAGUGGUUCUUUUAAACUGAGGUCGAGUAUAGAUAAAAAGUUCACCAUCAUGCCUUGGUAGGAAUGCUUGAUGGAAGCAUAGGUUUUCUUCAGACUUUACUAGAUUGUGUGGUAAGAGCUUCAAGUGACCAAGGAGCAGGUGUCAGGACCUCACCUGCCCCUAGGACCCAGGGAACAGAUAGCCCAGCACAGUGCCAGCCGUGAGUGAAAGUGGGCACUCUUUCUCCUGGUUUUUGAAGAACCCGUGUUAGCUACACUUGGCUGUCUCCUCCUUAGAGUCCUGUUCUUGCUCAUGCCUUGUGGCUCUUUAGUCCUCAGAGUGUCCUGUACCCUGUGUUUGCAUGUAUAAGAGUGGCUUCCUGGCUGUUGCAUGCAUGCAGACGCAGGGAAUGCAUCUCUGAGGGCACUUAACUACAGGGGACCAUGUGGGGCUGAGGCGUGGCUUGAAUUAGAACACCUAGCUGGCUUAUGGGAGAGUCAUCUGUUGCUUACUCCCCUGGAGAGCAACACUACCUCCUGGGCCUUACCAAGCGCCAUCCUAACCUCCAAAAUCAGGGUUUAGCUGAGCUGGUAGUGGGUGGUCAUGAUGACUGCCCUAUGCUCCAAUAGCUGAGCUCUUCCCAGGUCACCUUUGUCCUUACUGCCCCCUUUUCCUUGAUUUUUUUUUUCCUUAGAGAACCAUGCAUAUUCCUUUCUUACCCUGACUUAGAUCACUUUCAGUUUUUUUCCAGUCAUCCUUAGAGCCGUCAACCAGUGUGCAGGUGCCUUACAUUGUAGGACAGGAUGUGGGUGUCAGUUUGUACAAGUGUGUGCGUGUGUGUGUAAAAAACAGUAAAUGGGGAUCUAGCUAAGGAGAGAAAGAAAUGCCCCAUUUAGCUCCAGAAGUCAUGUGACCUAAGAAUGGCAAGGAUGAACAGAAAGUUGAAGACUGUCCUCUGGCUUCUCUCCUACCUAGGUGUAGUGGACCGUACCCCACGGCCCACUAGCCCUGUCUUUUCUUGGUGUCACAGAUGAAGCUGAACUUGAAUGGGUCACUUCACCUGUUUUUCUGCGCUCUGGCUGGGCAGUGGGCAUCCCAUGUAGCUGAGUCUUGGCACUCUAGGGAGUGGCAUCAUGACUUAGCUAUCAUUUUGAGCUCUAACCUGGUAGAUACAGUAAAAACCACUUUGAGAAAGAUGGCUUGUAUCAGACUGGUGGAAACUUCACCUGCUGCAGCCCUCUUCGGGCCACCCUAGUGUUUAUCAUCCAUGUUUGAAGUAACCUUGCAGUUAGUCAAGUGUGGCACAGACUCCCAGUGCCAGCAAUCCCAGGGGGCCAUAGGUGAUUGUGUGCUCUCUUAAAAGUAAUAUCUGUUUUCUGAAAGUAAAAGAAAGAAGAAAGGCGAUCAUUCAGAGACCACUGUGAGCAUUUUGAUGUAGAUCCUGUUCUUCCCACCCCAACUUUUUGUUGUCCCAAUACUGGGAAUUGAAUCAGGGCACUCAGAAGUGCUAAGCAAGUGCUCUACCACUGAGCUACAUCCUUAGCCCUUGUUUGCUUUUUAAACCAAACUGGGAACAUAUGACAUAACAUCAUUUUGCAUCCAGCCUUUUCACUUGAUGUUUUUUUCCUUAAACAUUUCUCCAUACCAUGAGCAGUUCUUCAAAAGCAUGUUUUCAUUAAUUGUGGACUCAAAUGGUUAUAAAUUUAUAAGUUAUCCAACUCUUUCCCUGUUGUAAAACAUUCAGAUGCUUUGGGGUUUUUUGUUUGUUUGUUUUUUUGCUAUUUAAAUAAUGCUGUGGUGAAUAUACUUUUAAGUCUUUGAUUUUUCUGAUUUUUUUCUCUCCCUCAUAUGCCUGAAAGUGGUAUUUUUGGUCAAAGAAUUUGUUCAUUUCACAGCUGUUCCUCCUCCUCAGUCUGAUGCUCUGAGUUCCAGUAACAAACCCUCCUUCUUCAUAUUCUACAGAUUUUGAACACAUCAGUUCCUGCUAAGCUGUGUAUUCCCAAGAAAGUUUGACUAUGACUGCUCUUUUUUUUUAAAUGCUAAAAUGUCAUUACUGCAGAUCCAUUCGUGACAGAUUUUUCCAAUUCCAGUUUCUUCAUUUUCAUUGCAAGAAUCUGGUCAUGCAUGUUACUUUUCUUCCAUCCUUGCUGCUAUGGCUUCCAAGUGCUGGGUGAUGUUUUCAGAAUCUUGUACUUUGUGUCCACAAUGGUACUGAAUCUGCUUCUGCACAGUCAGCAGAGAUAAAGUGUUGAACUGACCUUGCCACAUGCUUAAUGGGUAAUUCAUAAUUAAGUUUAUAGACUCAGAAAGUGCAUUUGGGCCAUUUUGGGAUCAGUAGCAAAGCAGAGUAGCAAAGCUCUAAUUGAAAAAGAAACCAUGUAGAUGAUUGGGUUUUAUAAAAGUACAAUUGUGAUUGUCUUUGCCCCAUCCUUCCUGAGGUUAGCAGUUCAGGACAGCACAGUGGCCAGACCUUUUCAUUGCAGAGGAUGGGUAUCCCAGCUAUGCUCAUGUAAACCUUCCUAUGUGCUGCAGAUAAUUAUGGUCUUUGCAUACAGCCCACUCACCCAAAUUGAAUUGUAUCUUCAACUGUGUUGGUUAGGGCCUGUUGGUUCUACUUGGAAACAUGCAGCAGAGAUUUUCUGGGCACCAUAUUCAGUGUUACUCAACACUAUCAGAGCCUAGGGCUUGAGAUGUGCAGAAAUCCGCUCCCUGCUUUCUGAUGCCUCAAGGCUUCUCCCUACUGCUCCAUAGACCCAGGAUGCUCAUUGCUGAGACUUGGGAGACUGUAGCAACUGAGUCUGGUGAAGAUACCAUAUUCCAAGAGAUGCUGCCAUCCACCUUUUCCAUUUUGUUUUAUUGCAAAACCCAAUGUAAACUGACUCCAGUGGGUGUAGCGCCUCUUAGGUAGAAUGUAUGACAAAGGCCCUGGCAGAUUAGACGGGGCUGGGACCACUCUUAGAACCCCUGAAGAUAACUGGCUUCUGGCCUAAUACUUAAGGGUUAGAAUCACAAUGUUUGUGGGGAAGUGGCCUAGGAAGGAAGCUGUUUCUGUCAAAGUACCUUUGCAGUGAUGAGCAAAUGAAUUGACCAAUGUGAAUACCUGAAAAUUCACUGUAAUUCUCUACUUCUGUAUGAAGAAUUCAAACUGUACAGGUUUUUACAAAAGGCAAAUUUUCCCUUCCUCAUGUAGUCCACCCUAGUUUAAUCUGGGUUAAUGGCUACAAGUGAGUCCUUGUGCAGGUGAAAGCCUCCAUAACCAUAGUUUGAUUGGACAUUGGCAAAUUCAACUGUUAACGGUAUUUAGAGCUGCUGCAGCUGUUCCAUAGUCACAUACAGUAGGAUGAAUCAGUAGUCUAUUGCUGUCGUUCAGGUUGGUGGCAGUCAGUUAGAACAUGUGUAAUAUUCUCUACCUGGUCUGUAGCUGUAACUGUGAUGUACAGGCAAAGCAAAAAUUAAAAAUACUUAUGAAAACAGAUAAUGCAAUGAUACUAGGAUAUACACUUUUGUAUUUUUAUUCUUAUAUAAGGUUAUUUGCUGGCUAUUGUCGGCCUCUAGUUCAGUCUGUUAUUUAAAUUCUAAUAUAUGAAUUAUUUGGAUUGAAUUCAUGUUUGGGGCCACGUUGUUGUAUGUAUUGAUGUACAGCCUUGAAUGUGAAUAAUUAUUGUAAACUAUAUUUUACAACUUUUUUCCUGGCUUUAUUAUAUAAAUUUUCUAUUUGGUCAUGGUUUAAUCAUAUAAUUUAAUGAAACAAUUUUUUCUCUUUUUUUCAAAUAUCUGUGCUUUAGAUGUAAUUACCAGAUGAUGGAUUUCCCUCCUAUGCUCGGUAGUCUUGUAAUAAAAGCAUGUAGAGUGUA